AUGGCGGCCUGGUCUCGGCUGCAUGAGCAGAUGCGAGCCUCAGCCGAGUUCGAUCAUGCACGGAUCGAGGAUUUCGAGGAAGCACCGCUAAGUCAGUGGUUGAGACCUCCUGCAGAGUCGAGCGGCCCCCGGGAAGAGGGCAGCAAUGAAGGUGGGGAAGCCAGUGCUGCUGUGCUGGAGCUAUGGCGACCGGCCUGGCUUUGCUGGGAUGCAUCCGCUGAGGCAGCUGUGAAGAUCAUGCCAGACAGGCAGCCUUGCCUGACUUCCAUGUCGCAGGAGAUGCAAAGCUUCAGGGAGCGGGUAGAUGCAGCUUUCGGGUGGCAUGGCAAAGUGCUAAAUGCCCAGCGGAGAGAAUUCCGAGCAGCGGCGCAAGUCUCGUUGUUGCUCUUGAAGGCUUCGCCAGACGACGGGAAAAGUGAGUUGCUGCAAACGCGGCUGUUUUGCUUGCUGGCGGGCGAGCUCUAUCGAUGUCACGCUGGUUGUCUCUUCGAGUAUGUCAGCGGUGCAUGGCGCCCAUGCGCUACUGGCCUGGCUCCAGAUCGCCUGGAGUUCGUCUUGGACGGACUGCGGCGUGCGCAGGCGCACCUCAGCGUGCUCUCGAAGGCGAAGCCGAAGAGAAACUUCGAGGACAUGGUAUGGGAGUUGCGCGUCGUCGAGCGUGUGGCUUUCGACGAUGUCCUUAUGAGGUGGCAGCUGGAGGACAUUGUGCCGAAAAAGGCAGAUGUGCGAGCCAGUGACUGGCUGCAGGGACUGGCUGAACUAUGCCGCAGCCUUCGACACACCUUUGCAGAGCACCACAGGACUAUUGUGAAAGCCUUCCUGCGCUGGGGUGAUGAGCCGGUGGAUGAGAAACAACAAGCUGGGCUCUGCUUUCAAGACUGCUACCUCAGCACUGUGGGCGCGUCCCUGAAGGAUGCUCGUCGUGGGUGCUACAUGUGGAUACCGGCGGAGCUGUCCAGCGCCCCUGGAGUAGAGACACGCUGCCGCUAUGCUGCAAUGCUGAUGGCUGCUUUUGCCGGCGGCAAUGGCUUGCAGGUGCUGCUAGACCAGUGCGCUCUAGUGGUUGCGCGGACAAGGCAGCCCGAUGUCAUGCACGUCGUGGUGGGGGAAGGCCACGAUGGGAAGACCUUGGUGUUUGUGGACCACAUGCGCGCAGUGUUCGGCUCGGGCUUCGGGAACUGCCCUUGUUCCAUGCUGCAAGUCGAGAGAGAGUUUCAGGUCCAGGGAUCCAACUUCGUUCACGCUGUAUGGAUGGCUUGCGACGAGGCCAGGAGGCAGCAAGGUGUCUGCGAGGACUUGAUGAAAAAUUACAUUGGCGGCGGCUGGCUCCCUUUGAGGAAGAACCACGCGCAGGAGACCACUUAUGGGUGCUGGCGCUACGCUGGAAAGGUGUGGUGUAUGAACACCGCUGACAUCCCUGAGAUCCCCACGUCAGAAGAAAGGUCUAACGCACGGAGGUUUCGCUGCACAUACAUGAGGAGCCGAUUCGUUCCCCAGUCAGAGGCUGUCAGUGUUCAGGACAAGGUGUUUGCGGCGGACGCGAGGGCAAAGGACUUCAUGUCCAGCGGGGCCGCGGUGUGGUGCUUUUACCACGACUUCUUGUUCCCUCACAUGAAGAAGUUCGGAGUCCAGGCUUGCAGUGACCGAUUGGAGAGCCCAGGGGCAGUUUCGACCACGACCCUGGACACAAAAUGGCUUCUUGCUCGGAUGAACCGCUCGAGCAAGGCAGCGCAGCCAGAAGAGGAUGCUGCUGCCCGUCCAUCCGCACCUGCGCGAUCGGAAGAGGAAGCAGCGACCACGUCUGUGGCGGAGAAGAUUGUGAGGGAGACGCACAAGAUGUUCGCUGGCCAGUACUUCGGGACGGCGGCGGCCUUAGAAAGCACGUGGCGCGCGGAGGUGAACCGAGCUGCCGUGGCUGCGAAUCCAGGCGUGGUGCCUGCGAAAAAAGCACGGCCAGACGGCAGCAAGAAGCUGCGUGUGGAUUGGCUGCGGGACUCGGUGGCUUCAUUCCCAAACAUCAUUCAGCGUUUCGAGCGCAGAUUGCUGGAUGUCGCCGAGUGGGAGCGGUGUCUAGCGACCUGUGCUGGAGAAGGUUCAUUCGUCCAAAUUUUCGGUAGUUGGCCCCAAUGGCAGUGGCAUGACCAGAAAGAAUGGGUUGAUCCUGUGCCGGAACUGCGUCGGCUCCCAGACGGAGAUGCUUGGGAAGUGACUUGCGCUGUGGACCUGCAAAGGCUUCGUGACUACAUGAGCCAAGGACGUGACCGACGACAAGUGCAAGUUCAAGACUUUGUGGCUAUGUGCGAAGCGCAGGGCAGACAGAGUGGCAGCCUGCACCUGCUGCUGACAGUGGGGCACCAAAAGGUGGCCGCAGGCCGAUCGCUGGGUCGUGUGUUCUUUCCGUGGCUGAGCGUCCCCAACUUGAGCCGGGAAGCUAGGCGUCACGCUGCCCCAGCCAAUUCCGUGGAGUUCGACAUCCCCAAUGCUGUGGUGCACUUCGCCGUGCAGCUUGCAGAGUCGGACGGGCUGGAGAUGCCGUGCUUCAAGUUAUACUGUUCGUACAAAGAGUGCUGGCGGCGAGCUGUGGCAACCUGGUACAAGUUGCAGGAGCAGGACUCGAAGAAGGAGCUGCUGAGGGCAUGCUUUGGAUGCACUUAUGCUCGCAGGGUGGAUGGAGAGCUUCUUGCUUGUCCUUUGUUGGAGGGCUUGGCAGUGGAGUCUCAUCGACUCCAGGCUCGACUUUGCGAACAGCACCCAGACUUGCUGAAGUGCAUGCAGGAGUCGGGCAAGCCACGACCGGAGGCGUCGGUGCUGGCAUACAUCUUGUUUGAGAUGGAGAAUCAAAAGCUGAGGCAGUUUGUUGAGUUACUUCCUCGUCACAAGUUUGCCAUGGUGGCGCCUGUGUUUGAUGCCGUCGUGGCCGCCCCAGACCCAGACGGAGAUGCGGAGACCUUGGUGGAGGACUUCGAGAUUCUGACGGGGAUUCGCAUGCAGGUUGCCAAGGUUUGCACCGAGACAGCCAGUACCAGUUCACUGCAGCAUUGGCUGAGUGGCCGUGAGGUUCCAAAAGAGGUACUCGUCAUUCCUGGCCGCUUUGCCUGCAUUCCCUCUGCCUUGGCCAACUUAUUUCCUGAGACGGAAGAAGCGCUGGCUCGAGAGUUUGCCGGACAGGACCACCCUAUUUCGUACAAGGAGGUUGCAAGCCGCGUGUCAGGCUUGUGUUUGCGCUGCCUGUCUGCUGAAGAGGCGCCCAGCCUUCCUGGCGGCGCACGCUGCCUGGUGCACGAAUUUUGCCCCGAUGGAGACGAGAUAGGUCACGCAUAUGGGGCCUUGGUAGGCCCAGAGACCGUGGUCAUUGUCACUUCCAGUCCUUCUACCGCGUGGGAAGUGGACAAGCAGCACUUCUGGCAGAUGGUCAGUGGUGAGUGCCGCCUGCGAGUAUUUCUGGCAGAGUUGUCACUUGAUGCGAGACCCGACAAGCGGAGGAAGACGGAUACUGGCGGCGCGGACAUGGACGUGCUGGCCGGUGCUCGGCGAGGAGGAGAGGACGAGUCCUUGGCCGAGGACAUCAUUGGAGAAGUACGCGGCCUGAUGCGCGCGGAGGUGGAAGCAGAGGUGAUGCGUCAGAGCCUCAGGGCCCAUCUGGUGACACAUUUGAAGAAGCAUCACUUGCCCAAGACGGAUUUCACGACCACCAAGCAGCAGUACUACUUGGCAUGUAGCGUCUAUGAGCAGCGCAAGGUGCUGGAAUGCUUGCGGCGGGGAGCCGGUGGCGAGGAGGGCCUGCUUGCUUGCUCGGCAAGGCUGAUUCAUUCCUGGGCAUCGAUCGACGCCGAGUCUGAGAAGCUCUUGGCCAAGUACAACUUUGUAGACAUGGCGCUGGUGCUAACAAGGCAAGGGCCGCAGCUGGUGAUCAAGAAGCAGACCGACGCUGCCAUGCGGGUGAACAAGUCCUUAUACAUGCACGGAGACUUCGCCGACAUGGUCCUGGCCAAGGCCUUGAAACAUCGCGGCAAGAUCCAGACCAUCUUCAACGACAUCACCAGCGAGUGGGUGUCCUGCGGCAGUCUGUGUGCCUGGAUGGGCUGCCGUCGCAGGGAAACUCGACAGCAGGUGCUGGACAUGGUCUUGGCACAGCCCAAGGUUGUAGGCCUUCAGGCGCAGCUGAUGGGAGAGGCAACCCGUCGCUCGGAGUGGCUGGUAUGCAGCCACGAUGCAACCUUCCAGGUCUUGUUCAGUGCCAUCGGCCAGAAGGCCAUGCGGCAGGGCGAUGGAGAGACGCACGCCAUACAUACCGUGCUGGGGAGAUCUGGUGCCGUAGCCGGCUUCUCCUUACAGCGGACGGAGGGGGCCGGCUGCUUCAAGCGAGCCAUGAAGGAGUUGCUGCCUUAUGACGCACGCUGCACAGUUCGCUUUGUCUUCUCAGACUCGCCAGAUGCUGUGGAAGGAGCUGACUCAGUUCUGCCGCACCUUGAAGCUGUGGGAGAGGAUGCGCUGCACUUUGUCCUGCGGGUUGAAGCAUGCUCGGGCGAGAAGCGCACGGCUUUAUCUAGACGGCUGCUUAGCAUACAGGGCAAGUUCCGGGCACCGGCCACAGGCCGAGUUUACCAUGGCAGGGAAGACGGGGUGCCGCACGGAGUCUGGCCAGAGCACGAGGAGAAGGUCGUUGAGGAGGUAGACUGGGGCACCUAUAUGAAGAAGCCGUUUGAGAGCCACCAGGAGUACGUGGAUGCUGUGCAUGGACUGACUUUGGACUUUCCUAGGGAGAUGGACAGGAAAGACGCCAAGGCCAGGAGCAUCCGAGAGAUCCUGAAGGCAGGGGUGUCAUACCGGCACUACCGCUACUUGAUGAAUGGCAGCUACAUCAUGGAUGCGGUAGUGCGAGUUGUCGGGCCCGAAGCCGCGAGGUUGAUGAGCUGGGGCACGUGUGGGAACGAAGCGCUGCACGCGCAACUCAAGGCUUCGCAGCAGACGAUCGUGCAGCAGCACCUGGAGGCCUUUCCACUACAGCUGCAGGCGUUUGGCUUGGCAAAGCUCAUGGCCCACCAUUGUGCCGCGAGAUCCUUUGCGUGCUGCAGGGGGAGCUCUGCCGAGUUCAGGCGCACGGCCACGCAGUGCAGGAGUUGA